AUGACAGUGAUUCCAGAAAAAGGUUUAUCUGAUGAUGAAGUUCUGAAUGAAUUAAAGCGCUACCGUGGAUAUGGUAAUGUCAACUGGCAAGAAGGAUGGUGCUCUGGUAUGAUUUAUGGUCAAGACACCAAGUUAACAUCUUUGCUAGCCAAGUCAUAUGAAAUUUUCGCCUUCAGCAAUCCUCUCCAUCCUGAGGUUUUCCCAGAUAUCCGCAAAAUGGAAGCUGAAAUUGUACGCAUGACUUGUAAUCUUUUCAAUGGUGGACCUGAAAGUUGUGGUGUGGUGACCACUGGUGGUACAGAGAGCAUAAUGUUAGCAUGUUUGGCUUACAGAAAUUGGGCUAUGGAAAAAGGAAUAAAAAUUCCUGAAAUAAUUGCCCCAAUCACAGCCCAUGCAGCUUUUGAUAAGGCUGCCAUGGUAUUCCGGAUGAAACUGACACACGUCCCGGUGGAUCCUGUCACUAGUGCUGCUGAUGUAAAUGCAAUGAGAAAAGCUAUUAACAAAAACACCUGCUUGUUGGUUGGAUCUGCUCCCCAAUUUCCUCAUGGCAUAAUUGAUCCUAUAAAAGAAAUUUCUGAAUUAGGGGUAAAAUAUAACAUCCCAGUUCAUUGUGAUUGCUGUCUUGGAGGAUUUCUUGUACCAUUCCUUGACAAGGCUGGUUACCCCAUUGAUCCUGUGGACUUUAGACUUCCUGGUGUUACAAGUAUUUCUGCUGAUACACAUAAGUAUGGCCAAGCUCCAAAAGGCUCUGCUGUUUUGAUGUAUAAAAACCCUGAUUAUCGGAAACAUCAAUGGUUUAGUAUUACUAACUGGCCUGGAGGGAUUUAUGCAACUCCAACUUUUGCAGGUAGCAGAGCAGGAUCUGAAAUUGCUGCAUGUUGGGCAACAAUGUUGUAUGUUGGAAUGGAUGGCUAUAUUGAGUCAGCAAGGAAGAUUAUUUCCACAACUCGAGCCUUUACAAAAAUCUUGAAAUCCAUUGAUGGCUUGAAGGUUAUUGGUGAUCCAAAAUUAUCUGUGGUUGCAUUUGGAUCAGAUCAGUUUGAUAUUUAUCGUUUGUCAGAUGACCUCACUGAACGGGGUUGGAUCCUGAAUCCACUUCAGUUCCCUUCCAGUAUCCAUAUUUGUGUAGUAAUGGCUCAUACUCAACCUGGAGUUGUAGAGAGGUUUGAGAAAGAUGUCACUGAGUGUGUCAAAAAAAUUAUGGAGAAUCCUGGUGAACUUUGUAGUGGUGCUGGUGCUCUCUAUGGAAUGUCCCAGAAAAUUCCUGACCGCUCUGUCAUUGAAGAAGUCACAGAGAUUUACCUAAAUGCUAGUUAUAACACACGGUCACACUAA